AGCCCGGACGAGAGAACCGAGGAAAGUUGUCCGGGUCGCACAACUUACCCAGACCUCACGAAGAGAUGAGAUCCACCGGAGGAACGCGCGCCACCUAAACUGCACGGUUUAUUUCGUUGAUUGAGAAAAAGUUUCAUGAAGAUAUACAAUGUUUAUGAAUGGGAGUUCUCUGAACAGCUCUGCACUGGACCCUAGCGAGCAAGCACUUCAGCGGCCGCCCUGGGUCACUACUACUCUCGGGUGUUUCCUCAUAUUCACUAUAGUGGUGGAUAUUUUGGGAAACCUGCUGGUGAUUUUCUCCGUCUACAGAAACAAGAAACUUCGGAACGCAGGUAACAUUUUCGUGGUGAGUUUGGCAGUGGCGGACCUGGUGGUGGCCAUUUACCCAUAUCCGCUGGUCCUGACCUCCAUAUUUCACCGGGGCUGGAACCUGGGCUACAUGCACUGCCAGAUCAGCGGCUUUCUAAUGGGUGUCAGUGUAAUCGGCUCCAUUUUCAACAUCACCGGCAUCGCAAUUAAUCGCUACUGUUAUAUAUGCCACAGCCUCAAGUAUGACAAGCUGUACAGUGACAAAAACUCAGUCUGCUAUGUACUGUUAAUCUGGGCCUUGACGGUGCUCGCUAUUGUGCCCAACUUGUUCGUGGGCUCCCUGCAGUAUGACCCGCGGGUUUAUUCCUGUACAUUCGAGCAGUCGGCAAGCUCAGCGUACACCAUCGCCGUCGUCUUCUUUCACUUCAUCCUUCCCAUCAUGAUCGUCACCUACUGUUACUUGCGGAUCUGGGUUUUGGUCAUACAGGUGCGACGGCGAGUCAAGCCUGACAAUCGUCCCAAGAUCACGCCUCACGAUGUGCGAAACUUUGUCACAAUGUUUGUGGUUUUUGUGCUUUUCGCCGUGUGCUGGGCACCAUUAAACUUCAUCGGUUUGGCGGUAGCCAUUUCUCCAGAGCGAGUGGUUCCUUUAAUACCCGAAUGGCUCUUUGUGGCAAGUUAUUUCAUGGCUUACUUCAACAGCUGCCUCAAUGCAAUCGUCUAUGGAGUGUUGAACCAGAACUUCCGUCGAGAGUACAAACGCAUUGUGGUUUCCGUAUGUACUGCAAGGAUCUUCUUUGGGGAAAGUUCAAAUGAAGCACAGGAAAGACUGAAGAGCAAACCUUCGCCACUCAUGACUAACAACAAUCAGGUGAAGGUAGACUCGGUUUGAGGUGUACAUGAGAGGUGAACUCAAAUAAGCAAAUUUUAUUUAGGAAACAAAAAAACUGAUAACCAAAUAUGGAAGCCGUGUUUAGCCCUGAAACUGUGAUUUGUUGCCUCAACACAAUCGAAACAAACAGGAAGUUGUUAUCAUUGUCUUUUAUAAAGCACUUUUUUCAUUGUUGGUCAGAAGUACUUGUAUGUAUGAAUACCUUGUUUUAAUGUUUACAGUGACUAUAUCGAGAAAUCUAUGUAAGACAUACUUUAUGUAACGGUUUUAUAUGAAUUGUCUUUGUCUGAAGAGAACAAAAACAAAUAUGAAGGUAUGAAUGGUUUUUAGAGUGCAGCUGUCAAGCUUCCAGAAGUAAAAACUGUUCAUUUUCUCCAUGGGGAUUUAAAAAAAAAUAUAAAAACCUGUUGUUGAGGUUGUUAAUCAAUGCUAAAUUAUUUAAAACCAUCUGAUGCUUUUACCAUCUGAUACCCCCCUAGCGUGACUUCCGCGACAGCCAAACACCCCCCCCCCCCCUAACGUGAUUCCAGAUUUUUUUUUUCUCAGCAAACCUAUUGAACACACAACUGUACCUUUGUCUUUUUGUCUACAGUUGAAGUCAGAGUUAUUAGCCCGCCUGAAUUGUUAGCCCCACUGUUUAUUUUUUUUCUCCCAAUUUCUGUUUAACAGAGAGAUUUUUUCAACACAUUUCUAAACAUAAGUGUUUCAUUUUACCAGUUGGUUUGGUUUAAGGAUUAUAAGGGUUUAAUCAAGACAUUUUAAAAGUCCCUAUGGGAAAAAUGAAUGGACAAAAAAAGCUUCUGGAACUCUGCUGAAAAAAAGUGGAUGGGCACUAAUGCACUCUAUUACUGUAUAUAAAUACAUAUUGACUGUGUUUCACUGAUGUUGAUCAUUCAGUGGCGAAUGAAGAAUAGCGUUUGUCAAAAUGAUACCACGAACAUCAGCAUAUCUACAAUGCCUGGCCACUAUUGUGACCAAAACUUUACAAACACUCUACCAAAAGAGUUUGUUAUGGAGUUUACUGCUUUGAAAUGACCUCACCCGGUUCGACACUGUUACUCUCCAUUUGAGAAAGCAAUACUCCUGGAUUGCUGCUUUCCCACAAUUCCCUACAAAUAUGUAAGUAUGGGAUUCCUUUUCUUUAGGGUCUAUGUUCUUUCUCUUCACUUUUCCCUUUUUUAUUUGUCUUUGUCUAUUUAAAUGUUUUAUCUUUUCUCCUUUUUCUCUUUCUCUCCACUCUUUGUAUGCAUGGA